CUUUAUUUCUCUGUGGUUCUGUGUCUGUGGUCUGCUGUUAUUAAUCUGUGGUAGUCUGUGAGUAUGACAGUGUCUUCGGAUACCUACGUCUUUUCUAUUGUAUAAAACAAAAUAAAUAUUAAAAAAAAUUAACUCCUAACAUAAAUUGGACAUGAAAUCGUUUUGUGAGAGAUGAGCGUCUUUGGAGAUUUUCAGCGUGUGUGGGUGCAACGAUUUCCAGAGAGUGCUUUACCAGCCGCUUGGGAAGAAGAUGUCAGGGCCAAUUUGGCUAAACACAAACAGAAAGUGGCUAUACUUAGAGAAGAAUUGGAGAAGGAAGAAUUUUAUGUUGAGUAUUUAGAGACUUUACUGUCAGAUGUGGAGAAACACAAAGCUGCAGCGCAAAAUAUCAAAGGGGCGCCGCCCUCAGAAGCUGACGUGAUUGAUCCUGAUGAUAAGGCUUCAGAUAGCAAGCAGGGUUCAAACACAGAUUCACUGUCAAAAAAGAGUGAAGCCAGUAUUGAUAGCAGUAAUAAAAGUGAUGAAGAAAUUGCAGAAUGUGAAGAUGUGCAGCUAAGAAACAAGCCUAAGCGUCUUGGUGAAAGAAGCUCUGUAAAUCAAUGCAUCAAUGAGCUUUCUUCAAAUUUAGCAGCUGAAGCAGCUAGGAGGAGAUGUAAUAGUGAAGUGGUUCAAAGGACUGAAAGUAAUAUAGAAAGUAGUGUAGAAAAAACAAGUCCAAUUCAAACCAAAAACCGUCCUACAUCACAAGCAGGUGAUUUUGUAACCGUUAUUGAAGUCAAUGGUCUGAAAUUAGCUGAGAAUGCUGCUAAGAAAGCUGAAGAGGCACUGAAAUCUCCUGAAAGCAGUCUGAUUGAUCCGGCUGCUAUAGCCAAGAAAAAAGUCCCACCAAAACCUCCACCAAAAGUGUUCAGUAAAAGAGGUGCUUCAUUGCCGGAAUCCGGUCUCGUUGAUGACAGUCCACCGUCCUCACUCAGUAGAAGAAUCCGUAAUGCAGAAUCUCGUGAAUCAAUAGCCAGUCGAGCAUCCACACCCUCUAUCAGUGAAAGAGUGAAGAGUUAUGAAUCGAUUAAUUCGUUGUCGUCGGAACGGAAACGUUCGGGGGGCGCUGCGACCCCGCGCUCUAUAGACGAGGAAGUGACGUCGAUAACACCAGAUCUGGAGGCGGAUGCUGACAAGUCUGCCCCGUUAUCGCUGGAGAGCAUACCUGCCGCCGUGCCUGUUACUGAAGAUGAACCUUACUAUGAUCAAGUACCCGUUGACAUCAAUGAUGGAGAAUACGUAUACAUUCAAGCAGGUGGCACAGCAUCCAGCACUGAGGAGAGCUCUGGCGGUGGCACUCUUCCCACAGCGCCGUCGGCCCCGCGCGCGCCUGACUCGCCGCCCUGCGCCGUGGCCCCCAACUACGUCAAUAUACACUACUUCAUCCAGCAGGCGGGUGAGGGUACGGAGCCGAGCGAGGCGGGUUCAGAAUUGGCGGACUCUUCAGACACGCCGCUGCUACUGCGAACAAUAUCCUCCGACACUGAAGCGAGUGCUACACCACCCGCACUCAGGAAGUUGCAGCACCAGGAAUCGAAUAACAGCAAUAAUGCGGAGGCCGAACGACUUACCAUGCACAGAUGUAUCGUUACGAGUAUUAUUGAAAGUGAAACCGUUUACGUUGAAUGUCUCUAUGUCAUGGAAAAGUACAUGAACGCAAUCAAAGCAACUUUAUCCACUUCUCAACCUGUAAUAACAGAAGAAGAAUUCAAUACUAUAUUCUACAAGAUAUCAGAGUUACAUGAGUUACACAAAAGCUUUUUGGAGGGGCUCAAAUCAGCUGUUGCCAGUUGGGAAGAACCACUUUCAGUGGGUAGUCACUUCAAGAAAAUGGCUGAAAAUAUAAACAUCUACGGUGCCUUCCUGCAUAACUACGGUCGCGCGACGGACGCUGUCCGACGGCGAUGCUCGACUUCUCAACGGUUCGCAGACCUUACACGCCAGAUCGCCUGUCGCGGCCAGCCCAUGUCUUUGGACGAUUUACUGCACAAACCUGUUGCCAGGGUGCAGAAGAACGCACUAGUAUUACACGAUCUCAUUAAGUAUACACCAGCGAGUCACCCAGACCAUGCUAUGUUAACAGACGCACUAAAUAUGACGCAGCAUUUCCUCGACGAAUUUAACAUCAUACAAACAAAAUCGAUGUUUCCUAAUGCUGACCGAGCACAAAGAAGACUUGUUAAAAAUUCGUUUAUAGUAGAGCUAUCAGACGGUCACAGGAAAUUAAGGCAUCUUUUUCUGUUCAAUGAUGUUAUCGCAUGUGCCAAAUACAAGGCUUCCGGUCGUGACAAGUUUACAUUCGAGCUCAAGUGGUUCAUCCCCCUUCCUGAUAUUGUUGUGGUGGAAGAGGAGUCGGCAGCUGUAAACUCGAAUGACAUGCGAGAAACCUCACCCGCUAACAUUGUGGCACUCAAAUCGCAAGCUUCUACUGUGCGAGACCAGAUAUUGGCUGAGGAGCGCGCUUCGCACGAUGACAAAAAAAUUCGGAUUGGAGGUCGCGGUGGGGCAGAGAAGAAUCGCAAGAAGCUCGCCGAAUUGGAAGGGCAGUUAGUUCUAGCGUCUCCUAAUCUCGUGUUCAGAGUGGGGGCUCGUGCGCCCGGCUCUACGGCUCUACAUAGGCAGCACGUAUUCUUCCUCAGCUCCGAAUAUGAACGCACGCAGUGGAUUGACUCGAUACAUGCGUUGCAGGCAUCGUCAGCACCGCCAGCGGGUGCGAGCGCGGUGUCGAUGUUGGAGCUGCAGGCGUGGGUGACAGCGUGCCGCAGCUACCUGCAAACGGACAUGGGCUCGUACCUACUGCGCAGCGGCCGCGACGACUCUCUGCUCCUGGGCGACCUACAGCUGCACAUCGCCGGCAUGACCGCGCCCCUAGACACCGCCGCUGACUAUUACGUGGUGGUAGAAGUGGACUCGUACGGGCACUACUUCCGCAAGGCGAAGUCCAAGCUUGUGUGUCGGAGCGCGCAGCCGCGUUGGAACGAGAGCUUCACGCUAGACCUGGAAGGAUCGCAGAACCUGCGGCUACUGUUAUACGAAGAUGCGGCACGACCUGUGCUCAGAGGAAAAUGCACAUUAAAGUUGUCGCGCGAGUGGGUGUCGGAAGGCGCAGGCGCAGGUGGCGGCGUCUCACGCACGGUGUCGCUGGGCGGCGGGUCGUUACCGCUGCGGCUGCGCCUGCUGCCGCCCGAGCGGUCCGCGCGCCGCGUGCCCAGCGCCAAGCCCGGGGCGCUGUUCGGCGCCAAGAUCACGCACGUGGCCAAGCGAGAGAAACGCAACAUCCCGUUCAUAAUAAGCGCGUGCGUGCGGGAGGUGGAGCGGCGCGGUAUACACGAAGUGGGCGUGUACCGUGUGUCUGGGAGUACUUCGGACCUCAAUCGCCUCAAGAAGAGCUUCGAAACGAAUGCGUACGAAGCAGAGCAGCUAUUAAAGGAGGUAGACAUACACUCGGUGACGGGGGUUCUGAAGUUGUAUCUGCGCGAACUGCCCGAAGCUUUGUUCACCGACGCGCUAUAUCCGGAACUGUUGCGAGCGUGGGGUGCUACUCAGGGAGCAGGUGCAUCUGUUGAUUCUGGUCCAGCUCACACAAGGCGCCAUGCUUUGAUGAAAUGCUAUGCACAGUUGCCAGAUCUUAAUAAAAACUGCAUCGACUUCCUUCUUAAUCAUUUUGUCAAAGUGAACCAACACGAGGGCGAGAACAAAAUGUCGUUGCACAACCUCGCGACAGUGUUCGGGCCGACGUUGCUGCGGCCGUCGAGCGCCAGCGCGGGCUCCAAGCAACGCACGGACCUACUGGCCGCCGGCACCGUCGACGCGAUGGCGCAGGCCGGUAUACUGUACUGUUUACUGCAGCAGAGACAACUCGCUGCGCAACUGUCCUCGCAUCACCGUGGCCCGGCACUUAUGGACUAGGCGCGCCUCACUUCAUACAAAACAAACUACGUCAGCAAAUAGGGUGUUCGGGCCGACGUUGCUGCGCCCGUCGAGCGCUAGCGCGGGCUCCAAGCAACGUCCGUGCUUACUAGCCUGUACUGCUUACUGCAGCAAAAACAACUCGCCGCGCAACUGUCCUUCUGCCGCAGACCAGCAUUCACGGACUAAUUAAAGCAAAAGAGACAACUCGCCGCGCAACUGUCCUUCUGUCGCCGCAGACCAGCAUUCAAGGACUAAUUAAUGCAACAGAGACAACUCGCCGCACAACUGUCCUCGCAUCACCGUGGCCCAGCACUCAUGGACUAAGCGUGCCUCGCUUCAUAACUACGUCAGCAAACAAGGUUAUAUCUCCCUCAAUGCUUUAUUGCAAAACCCCAGCAUUGAUGGACUAGUCGCGCCUUGCUUGGUAGACAAACUACGUCAGGAUAUAAGGUUAUCUUCGUCAAUAUUCAACGUAUUUUUCCUUUUUAACAUAAUCACAAAUUAAAUGGGAAAUCCCGAAGAAAUAAAAAUAUAUCACCUAAAAAUACAAUUGGUAACCUAAGCAUUAGGUUAGGUUUCAAAUCGAUCUUUUGAGGAUCAAUUACUAUUUUUGUUGAUCAUUUUUAAUAUUUGCCAUAUUAAAUCACACAGGUGAUGCGUACUUAUUUGCGUGCGAGCCUGUGGCAUGACUGCCCGACCUUUGGUUUUAUUAGUAAAGUUGAACUUGACUUUUAAAAUGAAAGAGAGAUUUUUCGUCAAUUAAUCUAAGGUGGCGGUAGAGUUGAUUUUUCAGUACUUGGCUAAAAAUUUUACGUCUGUUAACGCUCCGUCCGUAUAAUGGACGAAAUAAGGAAUUGUGAAAAUUACUUGACAACCGUCUUUAUUUAUGAUCCACAACGAAUGGCAUUUCUUUUUGAUUGAGUAAUAAUUUAUUGGGUACAUAACUUUAAUUGGAAAUCGGCAGAUUGGCUCCUAAUGUAGUCUAUGUAGCCUUCAAGUGUAGUGCAAUUAAGGCUGUGGUCGCGAGAACUGCCGCAGUCAAGUGACGGCAGUCGCGAUAUGUCAGCGAUGUAUUCAACAGUAUUUUUAUUUAUUUAUUCGUGGCAAACACACGGCAUGUUAUAACAGAGGAUAAAACAAAAUGAUUUAGUGUUGACAUGCCUAACACAGUUUUCGCAAAUACAAAUCAAACAUGAUAUACUUUAUCCAAUCCACUCACGACACGAGCCGUAGAAUAAUUGAGAAUAAGAAAAAAAACAAAAGUAUAAAACUAAGAAGCAGAAAGCUAUACCCACAGACAAUGAUGACAGAUUAAAUUGAGUUUUAUUGUUAUUAAAAAAAUUACUGUUCACAAUGUUUUUGGUAAUUUUGUCUACAACACUUCAAUUAUUAUUAGUAUUAAAGUUUUGAGUUACUCUAUUAUAGUAAGAAUUCUGUAAUUGGUCGAACAUAAAUCAAUGUCGAAUCGUAGAUAAUUACGUCUGACAACUGUACGGAAUGGUACCUACAUUUUAACAAAUGAUAGAAGCUCAUUACUGCUUAUCCUGCUGAGAUUCAUCGCGGCUACGGGCAAAUAUUUGCUUUUUCUUUUAUUUUGUAAAUUUAUAUAUUUUUCAAUUGGACGUGUGCGAUUUCGGGGAUCAUAGGUCAUAUCCCCUGUGUUCCCCCCAGGACCGCGGCUGCACUGGGUCGUAUAUCAUCACUGCUAUUUCAUGGCCACUAGAUAUAUCGCUGGUUCAUUGUCCGCGCUGCCCCGCUCCGCGACCGCCGUCGCGGUUCUCAUGCCCGAAGCCUCAAUCCAAAUGGCGGCUGUAGAGUUAGCCCACGUGGAAGCGCAAUAAACGAAAUGUAGUUGUGCGCGAGGUUUAACCAUAGACACAAAUAAUGACCAGAGCGUCCCACUCACACAUUUUUUACAAAAUGUAAAAAAUGUGUGAGUGGGACGAAGCAAUCGCGCGGCUAAUAGUUCGUAUAUCUUUGGGCUGCACCAUCGCCAUAACUCUUUUUAGAGAGUUGUCAGUGUCGCUUAGUAGACAGAGAGAUCUCUUGGGAUUGGAUUUUGCUGACUAAAUCUGCGCACAGUUGCGCUCGCUGCUAACUUCACAAACACCAUAAAGGUUGAAAUGCACUACAUGUAUAAUACUGUAUUAGAGGGCUGAUGAAUGAAUAUUAGUGUGGUACAGGCUUUUUAAUGUCGAAAAGCUUUAUGCAUUUCAAUUUUAAACAAAAUAUGACAUCUGUCACUACUAUCAUUGCUCCAGUUAAUGCCGGCACUUGGCUAUUUGUGGUUGCUAUUUGUAUACUUGAUAAGAAAAUAGUCUCUCCUUUUCAUUCCCUAUGGUAUUUAUAGACUAUUUUCUUAUCAAGUGUACAAAUCGCAACCACAGUUAGCCAUGUGUAGUGCUGGCAUAACAUCACAGUCAUAAAUCGUAAGACUUUUAUUAUAAAAAAUAUAUAUUUUCCGUGAAGUAUUUUAGGUGUAUACGCUUAACUUGUUAUACAGUGCGAACAAGAUCUUUGUGAACUUGAGUGACAGUUCAGAGAGAGCGCCACUGUCUUCGUAAAUUACUUACAAAAUAUGACGUUUACAAAGACGGCGGCGUUAAUUCCAAUUUUCGCCACAUUCAUAAAGUUCUUGGUCGCAUUGUAAAUGUUUAUUGUACUGCUGUCAACGAAGGAAAAUCUUUUAAUAAGAUAUCAUCUAUCUUCUACAUUAGAUUUACUGAUUACAUUUUGUAACGAAAGAUGGUAUGCUCUAUAGUUAAUGUGUGUUAGAGUUCAUUUAUAUUGCACCAUUUGUAUUUAACAUUCUUUUUUUCAUUAGAUAUGCAGACUUUCUAAUACAAAACAUUUAUUUCAGAUUAUGGUUGAAUAACCUGAAAGAAAUGUUUAAUAUUAUUACAACUUCUUCAUAACUUUAAUCAUCUACUCUUUUUUAUCUGAUUUGUCUUUCUUAGCACAAUUUGUAUUUUUGUAGUAGAACCUACUUGUAUUUAAUAAAAUCGUACAUUCCAUUUAUACAAUUCAGACUGAGAAUAGAAGUAUCAAUUAGGAAAUAAUAUCAUAUACAAAAUUCCAUAAAAUUGUAAUGUGAAGUGCUUUUAUAAAUUUUGAUGUUUAUAUUGCUUUAUAUGAAACUAAAUAUAAAAUUAACAUGAUUGAAGAGAACAAUUUGGAUGAGUAUUAAAAAAUGGGACCGAAAAUUGAUAAUCAUAACUAGAAUAAAUCAGAGCAGACUGAUAUUAUUAAAAUUGAAUAUUAGUGUAUUAAUUUCUUAAACAGAUAUGCAAUUCGAUCAAACGUAUUUGUGACAUGGAAUUUGUAUUAUGAGGUUUAUAACAUCAAAACCUAAUAAAAGCACGAGAUAAAAAAAACCCGGCGUUAUCCACAAGAUGUAAUUAAAAUAUAGUGGAAAGCCUGCCCUGGCGUAAGCUCUGAUUCUGGCAAAAAAAGAUUAUACUCGUCAUCAGCAUUUUGAUUAUUUCAAUUAUAAACUUAUCUUUACUGGUGAUAGCUUUCUUAUUGUUGGAUAUAUUUGUCAGAAAAAAUGCAUGCAUGUUAAGUUCACAAUAUUGUUAAGACUAGGCCAAUAAUUAAUAAGAUUCAAUUGAAUUUAUUAAAAUCUUUCGUGGAUCGUAAAUUACCUAGGUGCCUGUUUUUUUGUCCCAGAGUGUUUUGUGAAUAACUGUUUGUAUCUUUUCGUUAUUUUUGCAGAAAUUUAUGACUUUGUUCACAUUGUAGCAUUUGAAAUGCUAGUCGUGUUUAAUAGCCGUGCUCCGAAACGUCAAAAUAAUUUAAUGCAUUAAGUCAUGCCUAGUAGGCUAUUUGACAGUAUGAAAAAUAUUGUACCAAUUAUUGUUAACAUCUGUAUUCAAUAUGAAUAUUAGCAGCGAUUUUACUAUUUUGAAAGAAAACAUAUUAAUACCUUUUCUAUAAAAUCAUUAAAUAGGAUUGAAUUUUUUUGCUCCAGGGUCAUGUGACCGAAAACGCCUGGGAUUGGCCAAGACUAAAAUGAAGUAACACGCUAGUUUACUUCCGGCCAAAGUGACAUUACAUUGUAUCGUUUGACAUUUUAAUGACAGUCUUGUGACGUCACACACAAAUUGAAUUAUUAAUUUAGGUUUUUUUUACUAAAUUGCACAACAGAAUUAAAAAUAUCCGCUUUUUAUGGACUCCAUAAACAUUAGCGAUGGCGCAAGUGGUUAGAGCGUUCGGCUGCGAUCGUUGAACUUAAGCAACUUUCGCAAUGGUCGGUCAUUGGAUGGGUAACCAAAAAUUACUAUCUCGAGCUCCUCCAUGCUUCGGAAGGCACGUUAAGCCGUUGGUUCCGGCUGCAUCUGCAGUCGUUAGCACUCACCAAUCCGCACUGGGCCCGCGUGGUGGGUCAUGGCCCAAUCUCCCUAUUCCCUCCAUAGGGAAGGCCUGUGCCCCAGUAGUGGGGACAGUAAUAGGCUGAUGAUGAUGAUGAAACAUUAGUAAAUAACGUGAGAUCGUUUUCUAAAACUUGUCAAAUACCCUAAUACAAAAAGGUAUAGUAUAACUUUAGGCAAACUUAAAAUUGACUGCUCUUAGUGCGGCCGUUAAUAUUAUUUUUAUUUGUAUUAUUAGCACACAUUAAGGGAUAUAGUGUAUUUUGCAAUGAAUGGUAGUUAUUAUAUUAUUCUCUGAGGAUUCGCUAGUGUUAUAUAAUAAGUAUUUUAUUUCACAAGUAAACAUAGGUAAUGGUGUUAUUUUAGUACUUAAAAAUGAAAUUUUACCAAAAAGAACUUAGAACAAAGUUAAUCUCUAAUAAUAUGAUUUGUGUUAAUUUUUUUAAAAAGACAAUGAUUAAUUUUCUUUCAUUUAUUUUGUUGAGUAAUAUAUUAUUAAUAUAAUAAGUUCUACAUAUUUGAUUUGUCUUCACCAAAGACCCAUUUACUGCUUAAUCAUUGGUGGCAUUUCUAUUAUAUAAAAUUGCCUAAUAUGGUGUUGAUGAGGUGUCGUGUGUAAUGAUUUAUAUACAUUUAAUUUUGUGCUAUUCAUACACUGCAAACUAAAGAAUGGAUAUAAUGGUACCCAGUCCAAGCGGGAUUUUUCGAUUUACUCGAGCGCGGCAAAUUAACAUAAGGUGGGCAACCUUACACCUUGAGAAAUACUCUCACCAUACCGGAGAUCGCGUCUCGUUCAAAUCGUCAGUCUUUUGAAAAGGACUAUUGGAGAGUUCACGUCCAUCAACCAACAUCCCUUCUCAAUGUCAGACGCGCUCGAACAUUUUUUUCCUAUAUUCAACCUUUUCGUACGGCCACCCCCACACCAUGCAAACUGGAAGAUCAAUAUUUUUCCGUCCUCAAAACCGUUACGUGGUUUCUAUUCAAAAGACUAAGGAUUUGGACGCGACCAAAAGCCAUGGCCGUUUGUUGUCAAUUUUUUUUGCUACACAGACGUUCGGCCCUGCUUUGAAAGCUCAGAUAUGCUGGGAGUACUUCUCAAGGUGCAAGGUUGCCCCCAUAAAUUUAAUCUGCCGCGCUGGAGUAAAUCCAAAAUCCCCGCUUGGGCUCCCCUGCUAUACGACGUGAAGGUGUAAUAGGUACAUAACAUCAUUCCCAUAGAACACCACAUUUAGAAGUAAUUUUUGCCAACCUAUCAACUACAUUGUAUUAUCAAAAUAAUAUGCUACUGUAUUAUCAUGGUUUUGUUAAUAACUUUAAAACCUCAUCACUGUUUGUCAAUUUAGUUUAUUUUUUAACUACUUAUGGGCCUGAUACUGACACGUUUCUCUAAUCUUAAAACUUAAUUUGAUAACUGUCUAUUAAUUAAUUUUUUCAUAGGAACUUAUCAGGAUAUACACUAAUGUCAAAUUUAAUUUUCGGUUUAGAGAAUCAUACCUAUAGCCCAAUGUUUUAAAGUCGAAGUAUAAUAAGUAAGUUUGAGUUUAUUAUUAGACACAGUGGUCUUGGAGGAAGUGAACCGGCAACUGUCGGGCUUCAUUCUUCCAGGGGCCUCUCGCCUUCUUGCACACAAGUAGUCUAGUUCAAGUGCAUUGUAAACCCCCCUCCCACGAUGUAUGAACAUUGAGGGCUAUAUCAUACUAGUGAUUUGCGAGAGCCGAAAGUAAAGCGAGUGCGCAGCGAGCUUGCCGCAAAUAGCGCCGUCGACGCCAUCUUGUACACUACAAUUCAAUAGCCCGUUACAUGAAAAAAAAUAUUCAUCAUUUUCUUUGUUUUCGUUUUCAGAGACUUCGAAAUGGCAAGCCAACAUUCUGUUACUGACUAAACACGUAUUCCGUGAGCUCUUUGCACACUUCCUUUAUUUCCAGUGCCCCAUGGGGAUUGGCACUGUCGGCAAUGAUAUUAUUACCACAUUUCAGUUUUUUUUAUUCCCAUUCGCUCCGGUGGUUAUCCUUGCGAGGGUGACUGGGAAUAAAAGGUGCAAUCGCUUUGCUGUAAUCUCUCUCAUAAAUCGCCAGUGUGAUAACAACCUGGCUGUCCUACAAUAGACUGAGACAGUUAAGUGUUGUUAAUAAGCUCAUAAUGCGAUGCUCACGCCAGGGGGGUGUUGAUUUAUCUCCGGAGGUAUUGCAAUACCUAAGGCCACCCCUAAUUAGGCAUUAAAAUAUUAUGCACUUUUAGAUACAUAUGAAUGCAAAAAGAUUGAGAAUAUUUUUUCUAAUUAACUAUAAUUGUGAAGUAUCCACCAGUAGUUUUGUUGGAAAAUUAAUUUAUCUGUUCUAUGGUACUAGUUUUUAUGGCAUCACAAUUUAUAUAGAAUUUCUAAGAUGACAUUGAAAAUAAUUUUUUUAUUAACAAGUCAUCUAUUAUUUAUGUAAUUUCUUAGGAAGUAAACCACUGUUCAGACUGAAAUUUAAUCUAUGCUUAAGCCAAAUUUAUAAUUGCCAAUUGAAAUCCAUAAGGAAUUUAGAAUAUGCAUCAAAUUAAUAGUGCAUCCUUAUGGUGCGCAUUUAAAUCAUCUUCCAACUACACAUAAGUAUUAUUAUCUGCAAAUGAUUCUUAAUGUUACCCUACAAUCUGCUAUUCUUUAUAAAAUAUAUGUAGAAGUAGUUUUUAUUUCUAUUUAAAUUUGUUAUAUAUACCCACAAUGUAUUAUAGCCUAUAUUUACACAUUUUCAAUACUUUUCCAAGUGUUGUAAUUAAUUUUUGUAUAUAAUUGUCACUUUAAUGUAGUUAUGUAACUUUCGCAAUAAAAUGUAUUUUUAAUACACCUUUCUCAGGUAUUUAUUUUAUAUUUCUUUUCCUCACCAAGAAUACAGUUAAAUACUUUCCCUAAUAAUACACACUGCAAUGAUCAUUUUUAAUUAUAGAUACCUCAUACACGCUCUAGAGUGGCAAUGCGAGUCAGGUUAUUAGCACACUUACAUUCGGUGGGGCACACUCUCUUGCCGCGGCUACACUUUGCUACAUCAUGUAAAUAUUUUACAUUUUUCCAGAUAAAAAGUCUUGUGUGUUUUAAGACAGUAAACAAAAUACACGGGAACUAUUUGAGACAAGAAAAAAUGUCAUGUCAUUCAUAAGUACAGUUUUAAAGAAAUUAAUGUAAAAAUAUUUUGUGAUUCCUUUUUUGACAGUUGCUGACACCGUUGAGACAUAGAGGCUAAACAGUGAGAUGCAAUCUGCUUUAUGAAUGAGAAUGAAGGAGACUACUUUAGUGCACUCUAUUGGCAGCUGUUGCUAAGCAAGGGAAGUUGGGGGAUGGGACUACUUGUACCAUUUUAAAAUGCAAUAAUGUUGGCAUAAUAUAUUCACUUUUUGCAUUUAAAUUUCAUACUUUCAAAACUCAAAUUGUUUAAAAAUCUAUGAACACCAAUCUAUGAAUUUACUGAUGCAUAAUAUUAAUAUAAUAAUAAUAAAGCUUUUAUUUUUCUGUUAUACAGGUUUUUCAUUUUAACAUUUAUACAUCUUACAUACUAACAGAUCCCUUUCGGGUAUAGGCCUCCUCCAGACUCUUCCAUUUUUCUCUGUCCUUGGCAAUAUUUAUCCAUUUUGGUCCAGCUAUUUCUUUUAUAUCGUCAGACCAUCUUUUCUUUGGUUUUCUCACUCUACGUUUUCCUAUUGGCCCUUUCCAUGUUGUUGUUCUCAAUGUCCACCUCUUAUCUUUGUAUCUGGCAAUGUGUCCAGCCCAUUUCCAUUUAGAUUUCAUAGCAAAGUCUAGAGCAUCUAUGACUUUAGUCUUGCUUCUUAUUUCAGUGCUUCUAAUUUUAUCUAUCCUUUUUAGUUUUAGAAUGCUCCUCUCCAUUGAUCUCUGGCAUGUUGUUAUUUUGUUUUUUACUUUGUUUGUAUACACCCAGGUUUGGCUGCCAUAUGUUAAGCAAGGUAAAAGGUUAGUAUCUAGCACUAUCUUUUUGAGGUUUAAAUUGUAGGGUCCUUUUAAGAUCUCUUUUUGUGCCCAAAACUUUCUCCAUGCCUAAUAUUAUAAUGUGUAAAAUAAUGAUUCUCUCACUCUAAUUUAAAUUUAAGUUUAAUAGUACAUUUAACAAGUUAACAUCAGAUGUUUUUUCUGAAAAGUAUACAUAAACUGCAAUUAUAGCUAUUACAAUUGAAGAUAACAUUUUAGAUUGUCGCAGUAUGAAGAAUGCUAUAAUUAAUAACCCUGAAUACAGGGCUGCUCUUUUUAGAGCAAUUCUUAAGAUUUGACUUUUCAAAGCAUCAUUAACACAUUUACCAUUCCAAAGUACAGAAUCAGACUCACAUGAAGUGCAAUUCAACUGUCCCGAGCCUUCACAAGUUUUACAAGACUUAUCACAUAGCUUGCAGGUGUACGAUCCUUGCUUGUUAAUACAGUACUCAUUAUAUUUACAACUCAAUGGAUCAGAACAUUCAUUUAUAUCAAUGCAAGAGUCAGAUUGUUUUUGCCAUCCUACAUUGCAUUCUUUGCACGCAUCUACUCCAUCGCCAAUACAUUCAUUACAUGCUUUAUGACAUGGAUUACAAGCAAUGUUAUUUCUGAAAAAGUUCUUAGCACAUUCAUCACAAUAUGUUCCUGUGUACCCUUGAUCACACAAACAAGUACCAUUUCCUUUACGAGUACCAUCACCAUCACAUUUUCCAUGUCCACUACAAACCAUUUUAUUUUCAUCUAAAAGACAAGAAGUGCACGAAGGCCCGAAAUGAUGAACAGGACAACAGUAUUGUAGAUUGUCGAUACAUAACCAUGAGUAGAGGUCCAAUGACUGUGGGUUAUUUAAAAACCACCACUUUUCCAGUAGUGUCUCUGUUUCUUCAGCCAAACUAUAACAAUUAGCUUGGAAUUUUUUAAGUUCAGUGCACAGUCCUUCUUGAAUUUCUACUAAUCGAAUUUCACUACGUGAAUAUGACUUUAGUUUUGCUUCUUCCCAGGCUGCAUCACCACCAUCAAAUUUUCCCCUUGAGGUUUUUUCUAUCCAGUAUCCGAACGAGUCUGUCAAUACUCUACAAUGCUGGCAUUCUUUUAUAUUUAUAAACUCAUUUGGUCCGACUAAUGAUGCCUUUCCCCCGAUUUUUACACUAAUCAUACAGGCUAUAAACGUAAAUAACAAAAACAUGAUUUUUGUUUAAAGGUAGUCAUUGGAAGCUUAGACCUAGUGUAUUACUUUUCUCUGUAAGGCUUAGAAUUGGAGGUAUUGCUUGUUUUUUAUAAAUAGAGGUAUUCAUUUAUUUCAUAAAUUAGUAAGCAAUAAAUGUGAUUGUAUGUUUCAAUGACUAAAGAAGUAAGACUUUGUUACUCUGAGGCAAAGAGUAAAG